AAAAAAAACAGCUUGAGGACUUUUUGUUUGUUUCUUCAUCUGGGAGCGAAAUGAACACGUCCGUUCAUGUAAGUCCGCCCACAGUUGGCGGCGGCUCCGGGAGCGCGGACCAUGAACUCGUCAUCACCUCCACUUUCGGGACGCUCCUCUCCGCCGUUUACGUCGUCGGCGUGUCGGGAAACGUGUACACGCUGGUGGUGAUGUGCCACUCGAUCCGCUUGGCCACGUCCAUGUACAUCUCCAUCAUCAACCUGGCGGUGGCAGACCUGCUCUACCUGUCCACCAUCCCCUUCGUGGUGUCCACCUACUUCCUGAAGGACUGGUACUUCGGGGACGCGGGCUGCCGCAUCCUUCUCAGCCUGGACCUGCUCACCAUGCACGCCAGCAUCUUCACGCUCACCGUCAUGUGCACGGAGCGCUACCUGGCCGUCACCAAGCCGCUGGACACGGUCAAGCGCUCCAAGAGUUACCGCAAGGUGCUGGCGUGGGGCGUGUGGCUGCUGUCCCUCUUCCUCACCGCGCCCAUGAUAGUGAUGGUGACCCAAAGCACUAAGAUCACGCCGGACGGGCGCGUCAAACGCAUGUGCGCGCCCACCUGGGCGCCGCUGUCUUAUAAAGUCUACGUGACCGUCCUGUUUGGCACCAGCAUCAUGGCACCGGGGCUGAUAAUCGGUUAUCUGUACAUUAAGCUGGCGCGCACGUACCUGCAGUCCCGGCGCAGCUCAGUCAUCCACAAGAGCGCCAAGCGCUCCCCCAAGCAGAAGGUCCUGAUCAUGAUCUUCACCAUCGUGCUGGUGUUCUGGGCGUGCUUUCUGCCCUUUUGGAUCUGGCAGCUGCUGCCUCUGUACCACACCAAACCUUUAGGACUGGCCUCGCACACGCACACGUGCAUCAACUACCUAGUGGCGAGCCUCACCUACAGCAACAGCUGCAUUAACCCUUUCCUCUACACGCUCCUCACCAAGAACUACAGGGAGUACUUGAAGAACCGGCACCGGACCUUCUAUAGGUACACGUCGACGUUUAAGCAGCGGCCGCACAGCCUGUGUUCGUGCGGGAAGUCCGCGUCCUCCAGCAAUCAGUUCGAGUUCAACUCGGACACGUUGGUCAUGGGGAAGCUCAAGUGACUGGAGGCCAAACGACUUAAGAACCAACAGGUUUUGUCUGAGUCCGUGCUCAGCGGCGACACCUGUGGGCGCCUCACGGCAGGGUGGGGUCAGCGAUGGCGUGGGCGGAGUCGCAGGUGAACGACACGGUGAUGGCGUAUCGUGUCCCCC